CGUACGGUUACGGCGUAAUUAUAAGUCAAAAUCCUGUCUCUGACUCUCUGUCUUGCGCUCUCUCUCUCCCCCUGAGUUUGCUGUUUGGGUUUAGGUUGAGCUGGUUCAAAUUGGAUCCACUGAUUCUGUUCACGUUUAAAUUUCUCCUGAACUCAAUCCGAUAUCUCGGUCCCAUGCGGUCUCGUUCCGGCUGGGGAUGAUACUACGCUUUUGGGGAGUAGAUUGCGGGAUGGCGGCUUAGAGUUUCUCGUUCAGAGCUGACGAGUGACUUGAGGUUGAAGGUCAGAGGUCCUCCUGGCGUAAAUGAGCAAAAGUUAGGAGCUCUUUCCGCAAAUCGUUUAGUUUUCAUUUCACAUUGGCAAUUGAAAAUGAUGCAAUCAGAAUAUGACAUUGAGUAUCUGUUCCAAGAAGCCAAACGUCGUUGGCUAAAGCCAGCUGAAGUCCUCUUUAUACUACAAAACCAUGAAAAAUAUGAGCUUACACAGGAGCCUCCUCAAAAGCCAGCUGGUGGAUCUUUGUAUCUAUUCAACAAGAGAGUGCUUCGGUUCUUCCGUAAAGAUGGUCAUAGUUGGCGAAGAAAAAAGGAUGGAAGGGCUAUUGCAGAAGCACAUGAACGACUAAAGGUUGGUAAUAUUGAAGCUUUGAAUUGUUACUAUGCACAUGGAGGGCAGAAUCCCAACUUUCAGAGGCGUAGCUUUUGGAUGCUAGAUCCGUCAUAUGAACAUAUUGUCCUUGUUCACUAUAGAGAUAUAAGUGAGGUAAGUUCUUUGAACUCAAGUACAACCUUCAGCUUUUAACAUACCAGAAUGCUG